CACUGUUGGCUGAGGGCUGCUCUCAGGUCAGUGGAUCUCAGCGAAGAUGGCCGCGCGAUAUGUGUCCGGCAUUACCAGAAGAGUCUUCAUGCGGAAAGUCUCAGGGGCACCACGUAGAGAAUUUUGGUCUCGAUCCAGAAAAGAGAUAGAGCCAGUGGUUGCUGAGACUGUAGAAGAGGUGAAAGAGGAAUCUAUCCUAGUUUGUCCACCCUUACGAAGCCGAGCAUACACACCACCUGAAGAUCUCCAGAGUCGUUUGGAAUCUUAUGUUAAAAAAGUUUUUGGUUCAUCUCUUCCUUGUAAUUGGCAAGACGUCUCCCUGGAAGAUGGUCGUCUAAAGUUCAGUCUCUUGGUGCAUUUAGCUGAUGAUUUGGGUCAUGUAGUCCCUAAUUCCAGACUCCACCAGAUGUGCAGGGUUAGAGAUGUUCUUGAAUUCUAUAACAUUCCUGUUCAAGAUAGAUCUAAAUUUGAUGAACUCAUUGCCAGUAAUCUGCCCCCCAAUUUGAAAAUCACUUGGAGUUACUAAGCAAUUUGGAAGAGAAACACACUGAAAUCAUUUUUUCUUCCUGGGCAAGGGGGCUGCUUAUCAUACCUUUCAAUACUUUACCAUAUGAAAUACUACCAGAACUGUUCUCUAAACCCACUUUUUCUAUAGAUGAAUGUAUCAUCUCUUUUUUUUUUUCUCAUAUUAUGAAUGGACAAAUAACAGGACUUUCUACUUUCAUAUUUGCUGAAACUUUUUUAAAUGAAAUUAGGUCAUUAAUAAUUUGAAAAAUUUUGAGAGGACACUGUCAUUAACUUGGAUUUAAGACAGGAGGACAUUUCAAGUUCACACCCUUCAUUAGGCAUAAAGGAGUAGUUGCAAAAAAAUAUUUUCAUCUGGUUAGGACUCAUAUCUAAGGUAGAGUUAUUGUAUAUUGCACAUAUACAAAUACACUUGUAUUAGAUAGAUACCUAUAAAAGAAACAGAAGUAUGUUGCAUGUUACUGACUGUUCUAGAUUAAUUUGUUUUGGAAUUAAAGUAGAUUUGUUGAAGUGUA